AUGUCAAUAGUUUGAAUACUGCAAACUUCAAAAGAGUAACACCUCAUUUGUUCUGCAGACGUCCAGCGGGUGUCAGCGGGGAGUCAUGAAGAGGAGUGGCACACCAGUGUGGGACAGAAGGAGCUACAGGCCCCCUCCCACAUUAAAGAGGAGCAGCUUCAUGAUGAAGAUGAAGCUCAGUCCUUACAGCUUCAUCACAGUCAAAGUGAGGAGAACAGAGGGGCGGAGCUUGUAAGUCAACACAUCACAGAAGCUGAUGGAGAGCAUUGUGAAGAUAUCAAGUCAGAACCAGACAGCAUCUUUGCUCCACUGUCAGACAUGGACCACAUGAUGUCACACUCUUCUGAUCACAGUGACCACAUCCAAAAACCUUUGGAGAGUAAAAAUGACUCUAAAGGUGAUACGAGACAUCACACUAACAACAAACACUUUGACUGCUCUGAAUGUGGGAAAUCAUUUAGACGGAAGAGUCAUUUUACAAGACACAUGAGAACACAUACUGGAGAGAAACCUUUUACUUGCUCUGUUUGUAAGAAGAGUUUCUCCAGAAAGGAACAAAUGACCAUACACAUGAGAACACACACAGGUGAGAAACCUUUUACUUGCUCAGCUUCUGAUCACAGUGACCACAUCCAAAAACCUUUGGAGAGUAAAAAUGACUCUAAAGGUGAUACGAGACAUCACACUAACAACAAACACUUUGACUGCUCUGAAUGUGGGAAAUCAUUUAGACGGAAGAGUCAUUUUACAGUACACAUGAGAAUCCAUACUGGAGAGAAACCUUUUACCUGCUCUGUUUGUAAGAAGAGUUUCUCCAGAAAGGGUGAUAUGACCACACACAUGAGAAUACACACUGGAGAGAAACCUUUUACUUGCUCUGUUUGUGCUAGAAGAUUCAACACGAAGAAGAAAAUUAUAUUCCACAUGAGAACACACACAGGUGAGAAACCUUUUACUUGCUCUGUUUGUAAGAAGAGUUUCUCUAGAAAGCAACACAUGACCACACACAUGAGAACACACACUGGAGAGAAACCUUUUGCUUGUUCAGCUUGUGCUAAAAGAUUCAACACUAAGACGGAAAUUAUAGUACACAUGAGAACACACACUGGUGAGAAACCUUUUACUUGCUCUGUUUGUAAGAAGAGUUUCUUCUGUAAGCAUAGCAUGACCACACACAUGAGAACACACACUGGUGAGAAACCUUUUGCUUGCCCUGUUUGUAAGAAGAGUUUCUCCAGAAAGGAACGCAUGACCACACACAUGAGAACACACACUGGAAAGAAACCGUUUAGUUGCACUGUGUGUGAUAAAACAUUCAGGUUUAAGUAUCAGGUCAGUAAACACAAGUGUGUAACAGUCAUGGAAGCUGCAGGGAUGUAAAAACACUUAAACAGUGAUUGUGCUAAAUGUAGUUUAAAAACACAGCAUGUUUAAUAAGAAUGUAUAUUUGAUGUUGUAUGUAGUGCUUCUCAUCUUCUAGUCUUAUAUGUUGUCCUGUAGUUACUUUUUAAGUUGUGUGCAUGUAUUGAAUAUUAUAUAUGUAGCUAAUAUUUUAUUCUAUUUUCUCAUUGUUAAACAGAGGACAUCUUAUUAUUUUUAUUAGUUUUUU